AUGAUGGAUUCAUUCAUCCAUUUUUAUAUUACAACUAUUUUUUUAUCAGUUUUCUUUCUUAUUAACACACAAAGUGAUCCUCUUUCUACUUUGGAAUCAACUAUAAUUUCUCAUGGUGGACAAGUAUUACGUAUAACUGAUUCGCAGUACAAAGCAGCAGCUACUCUUCAUAAUAGAGCAAUACAAACAUGGCCUGAGCUCAUAUUACGUCCUGCCACUCAUGAUGAUGUUUUAUUAGCACUUUCAACACUUUCGUCUCUUAGAAUACCUACUCGUAUAAUGGGAGGCCGACAUAGUUAUGGUGGUUAUUGCAGUCAUCAAGGUAUAGUUCUGGAUUCUGCACUUCUAAAAGAUCUCAAAAUUGAUUGGGAAACUGAAACGAUAACUAUGGAUGCAGGUGUUAUAUGGGAUGAGGUUUAUAGAGUUUUAAAUGGAACUGAAUAUGUUAUCAUGGGUGGAUUAUGCCCAACGGUAGGUGUUGUAGGUUUUACAUUAGGAGGUGGUUACAAUGCGAUGUACAGUCGUUCGUACGGUUUUGCAUCUGAUAAUGUUCUGAAGUUUAAAGUAGCAUUAUAUAAUGGAAGUGUUGUAACAGCAUCAUCUGAAAUUAAUCCCGAUCUAUAUUGGGCACUUCGGGGAGGUGGAGGAGGAAAUUUUGGUUAUGUUCUACAAAUGACACAAAAAAUACAUCGAAUCAAUGAAACACAUAUGCCCAAUGGUCAAUUUACAUUUUUAAAUAUUACUUGGAUAAAUGUAGAUAUUAAAAUAGCUCUUAAUAAUUGGUUGACAUUUUUAAAAGAAGUUGCUGAUAAUGAUAUUCGUAUUUCUUUUAAUGUCAUUGUGGCUGUUAACGGAGAAAGCAACUUUCUUAUGAUGUAUUGUUCAUUCAAUGGACCAUCAAUAGAGAUUGACACAGUGUUCAAUCUAUGGUUGUUAAAAGAUCCAAAACCAACAUUUAACAGCAUGUUUAACUAUACACAAAAUGAUAUCAGUAGAGUAUUGGCUAUUCCAUUUCCUGUGGUGAACCGAGAACAUGUUUUGUCAGCUAUGGCUAUUAAUAUAACAGAAGCUAUGCUAGAUGUUAUUUUAGAUUUUCAACCGAAUUCCACUGCUGAUAUUGGAUCAUGGACGGAACUCAUUUAUCUCCAUAGUGCUACCAAAGAUAAAAAUACAGCCUACGCUUUCCCUGAUAUUUCAUUUGAUAUUGCUCCAGGUGUUUCAUGGAGAAAUCCUGAUAAUGAUCCUUAUGCAAUAGACAUGAGUGAAAAAUUUCUACAAAAAUUAAUAGAUGCAGCAGCACCAACAAAAAGCAUUGUUGGAGCAUAUCUUAAUUAUAUUGAUCCAUAUUUACCAAAUUGGCAAACAAUGUACUAUCGUCAUCAUUGGGAUCGCCUACGAGAGAUUCAAACUAAAUGGGAUCCGACAUGGUAUUUUCGGUUUCCACAGGGCAUUCCACCUUACAAUCAACAGUCAAAUGCCUAUAAAUUACCUAACAAAAAUAGCAUGGUUAUUAUUAGCAGUUUUAUUAUUUUAGUAUGGUUUUACUGA